AAUAAAUCCAUUUCUUAGGUUGAAGAAGCUCUGAAUUCUCAUCUUCCGCGCUCUCGUGAUCUCCGGUUCUCCGCCGUGCGUUCUACUCCGUUCGUUUGGCUCCGUAAUCUUCUGACUGAUCGAUCGGAGAGGAACGCGACGGAGAGAGGAGUUUAAGGAGGAGAACAGUAAUUGUCAAGGGACGUUCUUGGUGUACUGUGCGGAUAUCUUGCUUGACAGAAUACAAUGGUCACUGCUGAAAAGGACGUAGAGAAUAAAGAAUACCGUCUUCCCCGAGAAGUCAAGGAUGCACUACAAGUGGUAGCGUCCGAAUGGGAGGAUGUGAUUGAUUCAAAGGCAUUGCAGGUCAUCCCCUUGAAGGGUGCGCUUACCAAUGAGGUUUUCCAGAUAAAAUGGCCAACUAGAGAGGGUGGACCCUCGCGUAAGGUUCUGGUUAGGAUUUAUGGUGAGGGUGUGGAUAUAUUCUUUGACCGUGAGGAGGAGAUCAGAACAUUCGAGUUUGUGUCGAAACAUGGGCAAGGACCACUGUUAUUAGAGAGGUUCCGCAAUGGUCGUAUCGAAGAGUUCAUCCGUGCACGGACACUAUCUGCAUGUGAUUUGCGUGACCCUGAAAUAUCUGCACGUAUAGCAGCCAAAAUGAAAGAGUUUCACAAUCUUGAAGUGUCUGGUUUGAAGAAGGCCUGGGUUUGGGAUAGACUACGAAAUUGGCUGAGUGCAUGCAAGAGACUGGAUUUAGCAGAAGAAGCUAAAUCCUUCGGUCUCGAUGCUAUAAAGGACGAAAUUAUUUUGCUUGAGAAAUCUCUCUCUAGGGAUGGUGAACUUAUUGGAUUCUGCCACAAUGAUUUACAGUAUGGUAACAUAAUGAUCGAUGAAGAGAACCGAUCAAUAACAAUCAUUGAUUACGAGUACGCGAGCUACAACCCUGUUGCAUAUGACAUAGCUAAUCACUUCUGCGAGAUGGCUGCCGACUACCAUACCGAAACGCCUCACAUUUUGGAUUACAGUAAAUAUCCUGGUGUGGAGGAGCGUCGAAGGUUUCUGCAAAUCUAUCUGAGUUCCUCUGGUGAGAAGCCGGGCGAUAGUGAGGUGGAGAUGCUGCUCGGAGAUGUUGAGAAGUAUACUCUAGUGAGCCAUCUGGCAUGGGGUUUAUGGGGAAUAAUAUCGGAAAAUGUGAACCAAAUCGACUUCGACUACAUGGAAUAUGCAAGGCAAAGGUUCGAGCGGUAUCGGCAAACAAAGGCAAAGUUCUUGGCUAAUCCCUGAAUCAUAGUCACAGGUACUACUCUCCUCUUUGUGUCGUCACUGAACGGAAGGCAGAUCAAAUCGCUCUUAGAGGCUCCUACACUAUCAACUAGGUAAUAUCCUUCGACCCAAACAACUUCAUCCGAAUGAAACUGUUACAUUUUUUUUUGGUAAAUCGAAACUGUUACAUUGUAUAAGAUCUCGAGAAGAUAAAAAUGGAUUCGACUGUUGAAAAAAUUUAGAAAUAUUAUUUUUCUUUUUUUGUAGAGCCAAACACUUAAUCUCCUCAUUAGCUGAUCUUCCCUUUAAAUA